AUGUUUAAUUUUUUUUUUUUUCUUUCAACAAUAUAUUUACUCUUUGGUACCCGAGUUGUCAACGUAAAGGCCCAAAGCGAAGGUAUUAUAAAAACUAAGACCAUAGAGAUUAGUUACGAUGAAAAUUCAAGACAUUUGUACAUCGAUAGCAUUAAUAAGGAAAAUUGCAAUAAACAAAAAUAUUAUAUAAAUGAGCAAUGUAAAAUAGAUAAUCUCGUGGAAAAUUAUGCUGAAAAUGCGAUCAGCCCAUGUUUAAACGGCGACGAAUGCUCUGAUAUAUUGACAUAUAUAUAUGAAAAUAAUGGAAUACAUAUAGUUCAAGAAAAAGAUUAUUCCAAAUUCCCUUUUUAUGAUAAUUUAAGCAAUGAAACAAUGGAAUGCAAUAAAAUAGUAUAUUUAAAUAAAAAUAUAAAAUGUGCAUGCUGUAUAGAAAAUCGAAACAAUGGUAUCAAAGAAAACACAGAAGAACCAAUCAUAGAUUUAGAAAAAAUAAAAAUUGACAAUCUCUAUAAUUUCAAAGAAUGCAAAUGCGUAUUAAAUUAUCAAUUAAAAAAAAAUGAAAUUAUUAACCCUAAUAAAUGCGAUAACUUUAAUUGUACAGGAGGGUUUUGUACCCUUCAAUUAAAUGGACAGCCUUAUUGUUCUUGUUUUGAAAAUUAUUAUUUUGAUAAAAAACUUAAUUCAUGCAUAAAACAUGAAAAACAAAUUCAAAAGUGUGAUGAUGAUUCUACACCAAAAAUUUUACUACAUGAUCCCGAAAACGAUCCCCAAAUUUUUGACCAGGCCAAAGAUGCAGACAAUUACGAAUCUACUGACCAAUCUGAAGAUGCAUUAACAAAUAAUGAUACCAAUGUUUUAACGCCAGAUCAUUUAAAUAAAACACUACAAAAUCCAAAUAUUCAGAAUCCCCAAGAAGAUAGCUUAACAGAUGAAACUUCCCAAUGUAAAAAAAUAGACGAGGAUAAUGAGAAUAAUACAAAGGAAAACAUUUGCCUUAGAUUAGAAUGCUUUAUUGAUUCAAACAAACCUGAAUGCGCUUGUUUAAAUAAAAAUGGAAAUAAAAUAUCAAAUAAUAUAUUCGAUGUUUCAAAUAUAUCUGUCUGUACACUUAAUAAUAUCAAUUGUGAUUAUGGUAUAUGUAAUAAUAUAUUAAAUAAAAAUGAACUUGGAUGUAUUUGUGAUAAAAAUUACAAAUAUAAUUAUUCAUUAAAAACGUGCAUCAGUUCCUCUAAAAUGCAUAUUUUAAACUUUAUAAUUUUAUUUAUAUUGUUUUUAUUAUCCUUUAUAUAA